AUGGUUAACAACAACAGCACCAAUAAAAGGGUAGAAGCUUCUGAGGGAGGACAACUUCAAAAUAAUCUUGUCCUAAGACUUGAGCGCAAGAUUUCACAAUUGGAAGAAGAGGUAGCCCACAUGCGUGAUUUGGCCAAGGUACAACAUGUUGAAGGAAAUAAGAAGUUAGGAGGAUUGAGCUAUGAGGAUCUGUGCAUGCACCCUGAUGUAGAACUGCCCGAAGGAUACAAGCUUCCAAAAUUUGAGAUGUUCAAUGGCAUUGGGGAUUCCAAAUCCCACCUACGAAUGUGUUGUGACAAACUUGUAGGGGUGGGAAGACAUGAGAGGAUACUCAUGAAGUUGUUUAUGAGGAAUCUUACUGGGGAGGCCCUACCAUGGUACAUUGAGCAAGACUCGCGGAAAUGGAUAAAAUGGGUUGAUAUGGCAACUGAUUUCAUGAAUAGGUUUGGUUUUAAUAUUGAAAAUGCACCUGAUUGGUUUUUCAUUCAAUAUUUGAAGAAGAAACCGAGUGAAUCCUUCAGAGAAUAUGCCAUAAGAUGGAGGUCUGAAGCAGCUAGGGCCAGACCCCCUAUGGAGGAAUCUCAGAUGAAAAACUAUUUCAUCCGUGCCCAAGAACCACAAUACUAUGACCGAAUGAUGCUGGUGGCUGAAAAGAGUUUCGCUGAAAUCAUCAAACUAGGUGAAAGAAUUGAAGAAGGCAUAAAGAAUGGGACUAUCAUCAACUUUGAAGCUUUACAAGCAACCAACAAGGCUCUGCAAUCUGGUGGAAUGAUAGAAAGAAAAAGAAAACAGGUUCUGUAA